AUGUCCACGCCAAGCGUAUUAGACCACGCUGUGGAAGCCGCGAAAAAGGCUGUGCAAUUCGAUUUCGAAGGCUUACAAGAACCCUCAGCCUAUUACUAUGAAGCUGCAGCCAAGUUUCUAAACGAAGCUGCGUCGAACACAGAACCCGAAAACGCGGAAUCGCUUAAAGCUAAGGCGGAAGAGUACAAAAAGCGCGCUGUGAGUUUACGGGAGAGUCUUAAAAAGGAGGCAGAUAUUCGUAACGAUGAUAGUGUUCAACAGAAGAAGCAGUGCUAUUUUUUGCUGGAGCAGGCCAUAGACACGGACGAAGGAGGGGACAAAGAGGAUGCUAUUGAGAUGUACGCGCAAGCUGUGGAGUAUAUCUCACAGUUCCCUGAUUUAAUGCAGGGGGAACUUAAGGGGUUUGUGAUGCAAGCGUUGGAGAGAGCAGAAGAAUUAAAGGGGAUUAAAAAAAGUGAUUCACCAACUACACCACCACAAAAAAUGCACCAAACAAAUGUUUCCAGUACUAGUGCUAGUCAUCAUAAGGCAUCCUUACACAGAGGCUCAAGUGCGCAUUUGCAAGUUUCUGGUAAUGAUACAUAUUCUGAAGAGGAAAAAUUAGUAUUGUUGCAUACUUCUAAUAUAAAUGGGAGACAGUUUGUUCCUUUUAUGAACAUAGAUUUGGCUGAAAAGUUUCAAUAUUCAAUACCUUUUACUGAUAAGGAUGGACAUUUGAUAUUGUCUCCCAAACAGAAGAAAGACUUUCAUAGUUUUGUGAGACCUGAACAAAUUUGCUCAGACCCUUGCAUAGUACAUGGAAAUGUCCCGAAUUACCUAAACAUUAAACAAACAGUAAUAUCAGAUUGUUCGUUUGUUGCCAGUUUGGCAGUAAGCGCUUCGUAUGAAAAACGUUUCGGUAGAAAAUUGGUGACUGCAAUAAUUUUUCCACAAACCAAGGAUAAGAGACCUGUUUACAACCCUUUUGGGAAGUACAUGAUAAAGUUGCAUAUCAAUGGUGUCGCAAGAAAAAUCAUCGUGGAUGACAGUUUUCCCAUAGACAGAUAUGGGAGGUUGCUUUGUUCAUAUUCAAGCAAUAAAAAUGAAUUCUGGAUAUCACUGCUUGAAAAGGCGUACAUGAAAGUUAUGGGUGGUUACGAUUUUCCAGGCAGUAACAGUAACAUCGAUCUGCACGCCCUCACCGGUUGGAUACCGGAACGAGCCGCAAUCCGGCCGAACGAUCCCGACUUCAACCGAGACGCCCUGUUCGGCACUCUCGAAUCGCGGUUGGCCAAGGGCGACGUCCUCGUCACCGUGGCAACGGGCGAGCUGUCUGAUGCGGAGGCAGAUCGCAGUGGCCUCGUGCCUACGCACGCCUACGCCGUCAUGGACGUCCAGACUGUAAACGGGAUCAGGCUGUUGAAAUUGAAGAACCCCUGGUCGCAUUUGAGGUGGAGGGGGAACUACUCGGAGCUCGAUGCCAGGCAUUGGACUGCGGAGUUGCAAACUCUACUGAAUUACGAUCCGAACAGUGCCGCGCAAUUUGACAACGGUGUUUUUUGGAUCGACUACGACAGCGUUUUGAGUUUCUUCGACGUUUUCUACAUGAAUUGGAAUCCGGAGUUGUUCAACUACACAUAUUGUAUUCACCAAUCGUGGCAUGCCGGUGAAGGCCCGGUAAAAGAUUUAUACACAGUCGCCUCAAAUCCUCAAUAUUCUUUGGAAGUGACAUCUGACACUUCCGGAGCAGUUUGGCUUCUAUUAACCAGGCAUAUCACCGAAAUAGAAGAUUUCAGGGAAAACAAAGAAUACAUAACGAUUUUCGUGUACAAAAACGGCAAGAAAGUCUACUACCCUUAUGACCCUCCACCGUACAUAGAUGGCGUUAAGAUCAACAGUCCGCAUUACACGACCAAAAUUAUUUUGGGGCCCGGAAGCGCCCGGAAGUACACCAUAGUGAUAUCGCAGUACGAAAAAUCCACCACCAUUCACUACACUUUAAGGGCUUACGCGACGUGUCCCUUUACUUUAACAAAAAUUAAGGAUCCCUAUGUUCAAGAAAAACAGGUUACUGGUGAAUGGAAAGGCCUUACAGCAGGAGGAUGUCCGAACCAUCCUGCAACAUAUCCAAACAACCCCAAAUUUAGAAUCGAAAUCGAUUCAGUCACAAACGAUAACAAAUUGUUAAUCGAAUUGAGGGGGCCCAAAGUCUAUCAAAUAGGCAUUGAGGCCACCAUACAAAAAAUCAACGACGAAAGUAUUACUGCGCCGUUCAAAACAAAAUCGUCUGGACCUUACAGGACUGGUUAUGUCAUUUUAGAGUUGGACAACGUCCCCGCAGGGACUCUAAGGUUAAUUCCGUCCACUUUCCUACCGCAGCAAGAGGGUCCCUUCAUUUUAAAAAUCAAAUCAUCGGCUUCGAUGAAAGUCUACAGUUAA